AAACAAAAAAUACUCUAGAGAGAGAAACACAAUGGCUAUUGCUGUAUCCACUUCCAUCUUCUCAUCAAACUCCAUCACCUGUUUCCAACCUCAACCCAACCCAAACCCAAAUCCAAAUCCAAUCACCAAACACACCACUUUCAAACCCAAACCCAAAACCCUCCAACCGCCCAAAGUCUAUUCUUCAUCAUCAAUCCCAUACCAACCACCAAUCAAUGUAAACUAUCUUGAAACAGAAUUCAGUGGCCAUGGAGUGUCAUUCACACCGCUAGGUGAAAGCUGUGUGGUAAGGAUGAGUUUAAACAAUGGAAGUGUAUCAACCCUAAUGCUGCCAAGUGGACUUAUUACCUCAUACAAGGCGCCUAUGUGGCAUGGUGGGUUGCUUGAGCUGUUACACACCUCAGUUUCUGACGAUGAUGAUGGUGAAGGUGCCGUCAUACGUGGCGGUGUUUCAUUGGUUUUUAAAUUUGUUGAUGAAAAUGGUGGGAGUGAGUGGUCUCCUAGUGUUUGGAAUCUUUUAAAUGUUGGUGGAAGUCCUGAUGACUCUAUUCAGGUUGAACUGAUCAGUAGCAAUUCAGAAGCAAAAAUUGAAAUCAAACACAUCGUGACUCUGCAACAAGACGCCAUCAGCUCAGAGGUUGUGAUCACCAACUUGAGAUCUUCAUCACUACAACUAAUGGGAUCAAUCAUUGGGCAUUUAGCCGUAAGCACUCCCGAAGCAUCUUAUGCUGUUGGCCUAGAGAGCUCAAAUUACUUUGUUAAGCCACCGGUUUUCUCAAACUUUAGUAUCGUUCCUCCUGAUUUCAGCAAUAAUGAUUCGGGUGUUAGAAGCCCAUGGGGUCAAGUGGGGUUCAAGCAACUGCUAUCGGCCUGGGGACUUGGAAUCCCGAAUGAUGGCUCUAAUGAUGGAACUGCAAAAUAUGGGCAAGAAGAAGAUGAAGAGAUUGAAGGCGAAGAAGAGGAUAACUAUAAGCAUUUAACUGAGAAUAUGAGCAUGAUCUACACCAGUGCUCCGAGAAGUUUCACCAUCAUGGAUAGGGGUAAGCGGAACUCAGUUGUUGUGGGUAGAGAAGGCUUUAACGAGUUAUACCUUUUCAGCCCCGGUUCAAGUCAUAAACCAUAUGGCAAGUACUCAUAUCUAUGUAUCGGUCAAGCUGCAUUGCUCAAACCAGUAACCAUAGGUCCCAAAUCCGAAUGGAGAGGCGUGCAACACUUGCACAACCCAAAUCUUUAAUUGUAUGUAAAUUUUUGUUGAUGUCAGUUAUUUGAAAUUUCUAUGACCAUGAAUGAUCAAAAAUGAAUAGUUACUUGGUUUUGAUCAUCA